AUGGCAGUGUUGGACGAGGUCCCUCUUGUCACCGCACGUAUUCGAGUCGCCAGGGAGCUCGCCACAGAAUACGAUCCCCUUGAUGACGAAAAGACCGUGGUUAAUCUUGACAAAGAAGGCAUCAAGAUCCCCAGAAGAGUGUGCUACAUCGAAUCCAAGUCAGGCGCAGAGUUUACCAUCGAAAUCACGAUUUCUGAUAAGUAUCAACCUCCAAAUUCCCACGAUUCCUUCAUUGCCAAAGUCUACAUCGACGGCCAGUGGAGGAGGAGCAAGAUUUUAGACGUACCCCUCUCUAGUAGUAGGGAAAUGGCCAUCAUCAUCUCAUCUGGAAGAGUUUCACCAGAAACAAGGGUGGAAGCACCAAUGCUGGGCAAGUUUGUCUUUGCUCCUAUUAAUACAAUCACCGAUCCCACAAGCGCCGAUAGGCUCAAAGAGGACCUCAAACGUGCGGAAACCUUGGGAACAAUCCGGCUGUGUCUUUUCACAGGUCGACGUGAAGGGAAAUUGCCCCGGAAGCAUCCUUCCUGCUAUCCCAUCAGCCGAGAGGUAGAAGUAGCGGAAAAGGCGCUGAAAGGCAAGGCAAUAAGCCAUACAACCACACUGGCUGAAACAACCGAGAAGCCCCGUUCGCACAAAGCAGUCACUACUGACAAACGUCUGAUGGGAGAAAUCUUCUUUCGUUAUCGAUCCUACCAAGCACUCCAACAUGAGAUAAUUAUUCCACGCACACCAUCACCUGAGCCCUCAGCUACAACUAGCAUCGAUGCAAGUACCCUUUCUCUCCUCGCCGACAGUGACAUUCGCCGUCUCGCUCUGGAAAGACUUCGUGACACUCAGAUCAAGAAUGAGUCCUCUCAUGUCAAGAGGGAGGCAGAGGAAGUCUCCCAAUCGCUCCGACGAUGGAAGUUUGUGAGACUGGAUGAUGGGAAAGAGGCUGUCGACCUGACAGAUGAUUGA